AUGCCCACCUCCAACAGGCUUUCGCCUCGACAGGAAGAAUCGAGCGCCUCUCGUAGCCUCACGAGCAGUAGUUAUUCCUUCAGUCUUAGCGGCAGUUACAGCAGCGGCAACAGCAGCCGAAGUUCCACGUCUUCCGCGCCUGCAUCUGUUGAUGGCGUUCUGAAUCCCGGCGUUGAUGAGACUCCCCAGAGGAGGCCAUAUGUGCCGCCUAAGGUCCUGCGCACUAAAAAUGUUCCCCCUGGAAAGCGGCCGCUGCCAAAACGCACUCCUUUUCCCAACGGUGCUAGUGAUGGCCUUUCUGCUGGUACUGCAGGCCGUGGCGGCGUUGCUGGACCACUGGAACCUAAGGUGGAUCCCGCCCCCUCUAGAAAGGAUCAACUAGCUGCCCUUCAGUCACAGCUGUUGAUGUCCCGGGCGGCAAUAGGACAGAGGUGGAAGGAGGCGCUGCGUAGCGCCGAGUCUUCAGCUUUUUCCCACGAUUCCGAGAUAGAUGAAUUGGAAGACUUGGAUUCAUCUGAAGGCUCUGAAGCUGCCACUCCUGCAUCAACAGAAAAAGGGGUAAUAAGGAAGGAAGCGGACGAUGGCAUCUCUUCCGUAGGCAGCUCCCUCACCGCCAGCGCUGCACGGCAGGACCUGCUCCAACUCCUGCAGAGGGAGAUGUCCAGCAGCAGUUCCGAUCUUUUGAACGAAGACGGCAGCCAGAUUCUUAAUCUGACCGCCUCAGACUUCAUCGAUGACUUGAAGGCCGAUUUCGCCCCGCACGAAAGCGGCGAAAUCCGGCCGUCUAGUCCUGUUGAGGAAACUAUCAUGCCCCGCCCUCUUAGAAAGAUGAAGCUUCGCCUCUUCCAAGAAGAUCACCCCGCGAGUUCAUCGUCAUCUGAUGGAGGUUCGGAUGAGUCGGUGGCCUCCGUUCGCUGGCGCCAAAUGCCUUCGAGAGAAACCUCAGUCCCAGGCGAACUCGACGAGGAUCUGCAUGAUUCAUAUGAUGACGCAACGGCGGGCGAAGACGAGGAAUCGGAAGAAGAGGAAGAAGGAGAAGAAGAAGAAGAAGAAGACGAAGAAGAAGAAGAAGAAGAAGAAGAAGAAGAAGACGAAGAAGAAGAAGAAGAGGGGGAAAGUGAUGACGAGAAACCCAGCGUCAGCCUGCCACAGGACGGAAAGGGGGCAGGAGGAACCUAUACCAACGAAGACAUCGAUGGAGAAGGGGACAUAGAGGAGGAGAGAACGGAGCAGGAUGCCGCUUUGGAGUUGACGGCGCCAGCAGAAGAUGAGCCUCAAAUGAUAUGGGAAUUUGAGGAACAAGAGGACAAGCUGCAGCCUCCACAACCCAAAAAGACAAUUGUCGUUAGGCGGCCGAUGAAGGCUGCAGACAUGGAAGUUGAGGAACGGUUGGAGGUCGACGCAUGUCAGGAGGACUUUGACCGUCGGGAGAUGGCCGACCGCAUUAUUUACGAAUACACGGACGACCCGCUGACUCCGCAAAUGGAACGGCUUAAAGCAGAACGAGUAAAGCUUGCCGAAUGGGCGCGGCACCUGCGCGGCGGCAAAACGUUUAAGGAGGGCGAGAGGCCGGCGGGGUACAGACCUCCGCUGAUGCGACAGCCGGUGUUGCGAGGUGUGGGAAUGACCUUCCCUCAAACUGUAGUGGACAGGCCGUUGACGGAGGAUCUGGAGCCGCGGGGAGAAGGCAUUGAAGAGCGGUUGAUGCAGAGGGCGCUGCUGCCCAGUACGAAAGUGUGGCAGAUGGAGCAGCGGGCGAAGCGCCUGCAACAGCAGACGGCGCAACAGCGACAGCAACUUGAGCUUCUGCAGGCGGCACUACGCAAGAAGAUCGAAGCAAACACGAACCCAGCUGGAUCAACGGCUGAAGCAGAUUCUUCGGGAGCACGCAGCACAACAGAAGCAACAGAGGCAACAGAUGGCCUUUCACCUCGGUCGGUUGAACUCAAGUUGUAUGAACAGCAAUGUGUCUAUUUGGGGUCGCAGCUAGAAGAGGAGCAUGAGUUCUGUGAAGCCUACAGAGCCGAGCUGGGGCGUGUAGUCCUUAACAAUAUGGCCUUGAAGAAGCAGCAUGAAGACGCAAUGGAGGCCCUCAAACAGCGCGAGGCAGCCGAGCGUAAGGAACGGGCCGAGCACUUGCAGGCAGAGGAGCAGUUGAGGGAUCUGCAGGAUAGGAUAGAGGCGGAGACAAACAAAAGCCUGAUUGAAAGGAGCUGCCGGCAGCAGCGGGACCAGCAAGCGACGAUGCUCCAACAACGCUACUCGCAGCUGUUACACUACUUGCAGGAGGCAGAGGAGAAGAGGAGCUCCUUUGAAGACGGUCUUCGUGUUGCCCAGAGCAGAGCGCAGAAAGCUGAGGCCCUUCUGCAAACCAAAGAGGCCGAACUUGCUUACGCUCGACGCUGCCUGGAAACUCUAGACGUGCAAAUGCUCGAGAAGGAAGUGCAGCGCCGCAAAGAAAGGGACAGAGCAAACGCUGCAGAGCGGCAAGUGGAGGAUUUGAGAGUAUCGCUGGCUGCGAAAGAACAGGAAAUAUCUGAGCUAAUAAAAAGCUCAAAAGGCAGCGCAACCCUGCUGGAAAAAGAGCAGCAAGAGCAUCUCAAGACCCGCGAGGCCUUAGCAGCAGCACAAGCUGCAAUGAAGCACCAAACCUCCGAGGCCCAAUCGCCGCAUAUGCAGAAGCACACGCUGGAUUCCCUACGAAAGCUUGCUAGGGAUUUUGAAGCCAUUUCAGCUGAGGCAGAAGAAGAGGAACACGAUCUGGAAAUCUGGCACAAGGAGGUAGAAGAGAGGAGAGCCAAAGCACUUUCCAUCCUUGAGGCAGCAGAACGGUCGGCCAUUGCCGUCUUCUCCAAGCUCGAUCAAGGAGCCGCUGAUGCUUCCGCUAUGGAGGCUCUCAGGCAGGCGCGGCAGGAGGAGGUGGCAAUGCUAGAACACGAAUUUGAAAAGGCGGGGAAACAGCGGAAGAAGCUCGAAUCUGAGUUACAGCAGCGGGAGGAAGAGACGGCUGAGCUUCGGCAUCAGAUUGCCUCCCUUACCCGUAAAUUACAACGCCAGGCACAGAAAAAUAGAAGGAUAGCCAGGAGGGUCAUACGGUCCGCGUCCGCUUUCGGCAGAAGUAGCAGACGCACUGUGUGCCAGGAACUCCGCACAAUGCGUGUUGGAGGGGUUGUCGAAAUGCUAACAAAAUCCACCAACCGCAGGCCUGAACCUCGUUACGUUAAGAUGUUCAAGCGAGGAGUAGUAAUGUGGAGCGAAGAUCUGGAAGGCAGGAGGGGCUUCAAAAAAUCAGACCAGUUCGCCGUAUCAGAUAUCAUUGGUAUUGACUUCGGCACCUCCAGCUCUGCCUUUCUGUGGAGUCUUCAAGCAGUCAAAGGAGGGAAGGGCUCAGCUUCCGAGUUUUCAUAUCCUUGGCGGUGCUUUACAGUUCGGACACUGAAAGACACCUAUGAAUUCCGCGCCAAGUCAGACGAAGUCGCUCAGGA